AUGGCGUCCUGUACGGACGAGAAAAUAGAGGAGGAUCAAACGAAGCGCGAAGUUGCUUCUGAGACACUGCCCGACGCCAUCCCUUCGCAAGGUCUCGAAGAUGAAUUACGAAAUCUGCAGGAGGAGCAGCUCGGAAGUCUUCUCCUAGUCGAUGUCGUCUCAGGAAACUUGGUGACGCUACCGAUUGCGACAAAGUUUGUUGCUCUCUCGUACGUAUGGGGCAACGUUGCGACGCUAAAGUCUGGAAAAGAUAACAUUGAUGAGCUUGAGCAGCAAGGGGCGCUCUUUAAUGAACCCUACAAGUCGGCACUUCCGCACACCAUCCGCGAUGCCAUGCAUGUUGUGCAAGCAUCUGGUGAGCAGUAUCUCUGGGUGGACUGCCUGAGUAUUGUCCAAGACUCCGGGAAGGAAGAGAUGGACAAGAUGUUGAAAGCCAUGGCUCGUAUCUACGCUAGCGCUGAGUUCACUAUCGUUGCUUCCCAGGGCGAUGAUGCAGACUAUGGCAUCCGUGGGGUAGGAGGGCCUUCAAAGCAGCGCGAAUGCAAUGUGUCUGAGCGCGACUUCGAACACGAGGGAGGGAACGGGUUUCCGUGGCUCUCUCGGUGGGCUUCCAGAGGUUGGACGUUCCAAGAGACACUUUUCUCGCGCAGGUUGUUGGUCUUCAACAAAGAGGUUUCAUGGAUCUGCGGUCGACACAUGCGGAUGGAACAUGAAGCCGACUCGGCAUCUGGACUCGGAAGCGCACCUACCGUUUGGCCGAGUGAACGUCCUCACCUUGGCGUGCCCAUGGGAAUGAUGUCGCUCAUACCCCACAAUCCCUCACUUGGGCGUUGGGGAAUGAUCGUCGAGAACUUCGCAUCCCGCAACCUGACUUACGAGGAAGACAUAUCUCGCGCCCUGGCUGGUGCCACCGAAGUAAUGUCAUCAACUUUCCCGGGUGGCCUCCACAAGGGGCUUCCGUUGUUUUUCUUCGAUAUUGCUUUACUAUGGCAGCCAAGAGGGUCAUUGGAGCGACGAAAUGGCGAGCCAAGCUGGUCUUGGACGGGUUGGAAGGGACAACUUGAGUGUCUGUCAUCGUGGUAUCCCUUCUUCCCUGGCGUGUAUCGCAGGUCCGGUCUAUCCACGGAAUGGACAAUAAUCGCACCUUUAAGACCGUUAGCAGUAUGGGGCCUGUCUUCGCAAGGCAUUGGCAACAAGCAUUUGAAUGGUUUCUAUGAAUACCAGAAGAUGCGAUAUGACCCAGACCGAAGCAUACCAUGCGGAUGGGAGAGGCGUACUCAUCCAGAAGGUGACUACUUCGUUAAUGACCGAUACGCCGAAACGGGGUUCCAGUACGCCAUGCCACUGCCUUCUAUCGACUCGACGUGGGAAGUCGUAGACCCGGGCUUGGAUUCCAUCUUGCUGUGUACUGCACCCACUGCAACCGCAUCUCUUGGAGCUAUGCUGUUUCCUGGAAGCUCAGUCUUCGCAAUCAUGCACGACGAACUAUACAUCGGAUCGGUGACGCUUCACAGUGUAAGCCAUGAAACAAAGCUUUCAGGUCAACACUGUGACUUAGUUGCGAUAUCUGCGAGCGAACUGGCGAAUAAGCAAGAUACUCGCAAUCAAGAAUAUUUCGGCCACUUCUCUGCUCUUGCUUUAAAUUUGGAGCAGGACGAUGGCUCUGGCGCAUCGAUUGACAUUAAGGAUUGCGAAUUCUAUAACGUUCUAUGUAUUACAACCAAUAACGGUAUCGCAUACAGAAGAGGGCUCGGGACCGUGUCGAAACGCUACUGGGAUCGGAUGGGCGCGAAGGUAGAGACUAUCAAGCUUGGUUAA